AUGUCGGAAAUUCAGCCUUCCCUCGAGAGAUCUCCGGAAGGGGUUGCCCUUUCAGUAUUCGCCUUCCUCUCUAUCCUCGUUUGCUUUCCGCCUUUGCUCUGGCACUCGAGGAAUAAGAACUUCCCCGCAGUAUGUUUGACGGUCUGGCUUAUCGUUCAAAAUAUCUUCAACUUUAUUAAUCCACUGGUCUGGCCUACCGAUGAUAUACCUUCGUGGUGGGAUGGCCGAGGAUAUUGCGAUAUCCAAGCCAAACUCAUAACUGGAGCAGGCGUCGGAAUUGCGGGCCCAUUGGCAUGUAUAUUUCGAUCACUGGCAAAGGUCCUGGACACCGAGCAUGCUACCAUCAUGCCAAGCAAAGGAGAGAAAAGACGAACUCUUGCGUUCGAUAUUUCCUUCUGUGUGAUAAUUCCAGCAUUCGUCAUGGCGAUUCACUAUAUCGUCCAAGAAAGGCGAUAUUUCAUUUAUGCUAUUGUCGGCUGCAUGCCUUCCUACAUCAGCAGUUGGCCUAGUAUUAUCGUCAAUCACAUGUGGGCGCCACUUGUACUUACAGUUGCUGUAGUAUAUGCAGUGAUUGUUGUAUAUCGCCUUAUCAAGUACAAGCGUGAAUUCAAUUACAUUAUCUCAGUCAGCAGCUCCACAAAUAAGUCAAGGUUCAUGAGGCUCUUUAUACUUUCUAUGGUCCUGCUUCUCGGAAGUUAUCCCGUCCAGAUUUACGUUCUCUUCUUUAAUAUCACCGGAUUCGGGCCUUUGCUGCCAUUCUCAUGGGCUGAAGUGCACGGGCCAGAAUGGCAGGUUAUAGAAAAGUAUCCAAUGGGGGGUAAAGUAUUCUUCGAUCGUUGGAUUCAUGUUACUGCUGGAUUUUUGUUGUUCGCUUUCUUUGGCUUUGGAAAAGAUGCCACUCUCAUGUAUCGAUCGUUUCUCCUCAAACUUGGCCUUGGACGACUCUUUCCUGGUCUUCAACAUCCUCAUAUCAUGGGCUCUGGGCACGGCUCUUCUAGGAGCAAAGGCGGAUCCCUUGGAAGCCGGACAAGAAUAAUUUUUAGAGGGAAGUCCGAAGACACCACGACUAUGUCUACUGUUUCAAAGCCAGAUGAAUCGUUCGUAUCAUUCCUAUGA